CCAGGCUCCAGUGACAGCUACUGGCUCCCAGCCAACUUCCGCAAGACUGACAUCGGAGCGCAAACAGUCGAGAGCGAUCUCAUUGUCGCCGCCGGCUCGGAGCUAGCAAGCGACCUCGAAGCAAACCCCAGCCUGAGCAUCAGCCACGUCGGCGUUUCGGUCGAGGGUUCCGGGGGAGUUCCCUACUCAACUACUUUCAAGAACAAUACCCUUUACGGGAUAUACAGCUCUGACCAAAAGGUCUACUCUGUUGGUCUCAAGCCUGGCAACGAAGUGUAUAACACCGUGUCGGAGGAGUAUAUCAGUGCUAUCGGGGCGCUUCCAGACUGGCCGGAGGAAAUCAACAAGGAGAAGGAUGAGGAUGCUCUCACGGAAGCGUCGGAUGCGGUGAAGAAGUAUCAGCAGUUCUUCGAUUACUACGGAUCCCAUGUCGUCGAGGAGUGUUUCCUCGGCAGUCGCUACCAGCUUCAGGUCGAACGCACUGAGACUAGCGUUGAAGAGAAGGAGGCUUUCCAGCGCCAUAUCAAGGCUGAGUUCGGCGGUAUCUUGAGCGCUACAGUUGAUUCCAGUGUGAAGAGCUCAUCUGAAUACCAGGAAUACCUGAGCCAGCGACGCUCGCAAUGCAAGAUCCUGGGCGGAGACGCAGGCAUCGCGAAUGCUCUCUCCCAUAGCCCGACUCAUGUCGAGAAGUUCGACGAGUGGAUGUCCAGUCGCAAUGUGGAACCUCCCCAUGCCCUCCUCCAUAUCAAGACAACCAGCGUCAACUCCUUCCUCGAGCGCAGUGAGAAUGAAGAGCACCAGGAGGCGGCUGCUAAGCUCACGUCUGCCAUGGAAUACCUCGGCAGCCUACAUACCUUCAAGGGGUCGUUGUCCGGUCUAUUCAUCUCAUCCACCGGCUGGAUCGAGCUCUCUGUGACCCCCUUGCCCGGCGUGGCUAUCCGCGUAGUUGACAAGCCAUCGGUGGUUGUCACGCAGACGUCCCCAGCAUCAGUCAAAUUGCAGUCGGUGGUGAAGGAGCAAUACCUCGAGGUCGAGCUCAUCAUCACAGCACCGGAUGAGCCGGUGGACGUCACAUUCAGCACGUCCGCGUCCGGAGCUUACGGUGCACUCAACACCCUCAGCCUCACGCGUUACGGCCCUGACAAAUACCGGACCGCCAUUAGAGGCGUCUCCAGCGCCGACGAGGCAUUGACGGUGUCGGUACCUAGUCUGAGAUCUACUGGGCGGUUCGGAGGUACGUCGAUGAAGGGAACUUUGGAGGUUGAGGCGAGGGAAUACGCGGUGUUCCACAUGGCGUUGCAGAAGGAAUCUGGGGUUUCCAUGAAGUCUUUGCCGAUUUUUGAGCGCAAGCAUACUGAAUGA